AUGGAUCAAUUAAACGGCCGUGAACAACAAGAGUUCCAAAAACUCGUGGAACAAAAACAAAUGAAAGAUUUCAUGAGAUUGUACUCUGAUUUGGUUCAAAGAUGUUUUACCGAUUGCGUCAGUGAUUUCACCACCAAGACCUUGACCAGCAGAGAAGAAGGUUGUGUUUUGAAAUGUACCGAAAAGUUCUUGAAACACAGUGAAAGAGUUGGUGCCAGAUUCCAAGAACAAAACGAAUUGUUGAUGAAAAACAUGAGAUAG